UCCAAUUAAAGUGUGAAUUUUGUCUUUAAUUUUUCUUCCGAAAAAUAACCACCCAAAUGUCAUCAUUCAAAGUCCCCUCUUUCUCUCUUCCUUUAAUGUUAUAGGUUUGCUUUUCCUUCUCUCUCUCUUCUUGAACACACUCUUCUGCUUGGUAGGUUGUGCCGUUGAAGUGAUGGGCCCUAAACUCCACUGAAGAUUUUAAUGGUGCGAGGGGUCUCUAUCCAUCUUUCAGUGCUCUCACUUCCCCUGUUUUCCCGCUGUCUCGCAUUUGGGUUUCUUUGGGUUUUCUCAAAAUAUGAUAUCGGGUUCUCUGAUUUCUCAGUCUGGCGGGCAUGGGAGCUGACUUUCUAAGGUUUUGGCGCAUGGGUUUUUUAUUUUAGACAUGGGUUUGGGAGAUAAUGCGGUAAUGAAGUUAUAGUGUUUUGGUCAACUUCGGUUGAUUAUGAUUUAUGGGUUUUGCUUCUUUAACGUGUUCGGCUUCUGAUCCUUGAGGCUAGUUUUCUGCUUCCCGUGAGUUUUCAUGAGAUGGGUGUUUGAUUCUGGAUGUCGAUUUUGGAAGAUUACGAGGAGAAUUUUGUAAAUAAUCAGAGUGAUUUCAUGUUUAUGUUUUGAAGGUGGAUUUUGGUCCUGGUGUGCAGCGAAAGUUAGGUUUUUUGAGACGAGCUAUGCGUUUGUUACAUCAGUAUUUCGGAUGGGAAAUGGUGAUUGAGAGAUAGGUACUUGAUUUUGGAGGUGGGGUUUGAUAAAUCUGGUGUUGGCAAGUCCUUGAACGACGAGAAAUGGACAGAGUGAUUCAGCCUCCUCUGGUUGAUACAACAGCAUGUCUAUGUAGGGUAGAUGCAGGCCUCAAAACUGUUGCAGGCGCAAAAAGAUUUGUUCCUGGGGCAAAGCUCUGUCUUCAGCCUGACAUUAAACCAUCAAUUCAUCCUACAAGGAACAAGCCAUCUCGUGGUGACAGGAACCGAAACCAAUCCCCUCUGCUUCCAGGACUCCCCGAUGAUCUCGCCAUUGCUUGCCUAAUCCGGGUCCCAAGGGUUGAGCAUCGGAAACUCCGGCUGGUCUGCAAAAAAUGGUAUCGUCUUCUGGCUGGAAAUUUCUUUUACUCGCUUCGCAAGGGCCUUGGAAUUGCAGAAGAAUGGGUAUAUGUCAUUAAAAGGGACAGAGAUGGGAAAAUAUCGUGGCAUGCCUUUGAUCCUAUAUACCAGCUUUGGCAACCUCUGCCUCCUGUGCCAAAGGAAUAUUCUGAAGCCCUUGGGUUUGGUUGUGCUGUCCUUAGUGGGUGUCACCUCUAUUUGUUUGGUGGUAAAGACCCACUAAAGGGAUCAAUGAGGCGUGUCAUUUUUUAUAAUGCCAGGACUAAUAAAUGGCACCGUGCCCCUGAUAUGCUUCGUCGGCGACAUUUUUUUGGCUCUUGUGUCAUAAACAAUUGCUUGUAUGUAGCAGGUGGAGAGAAUGAGGGUGUGCACCGGUCCUUGAGAUCAGCUGAAGUCUAUGAUCCUAAUAAGAAUCGAUGGUCCUUUGUUGCGGACAUGAGCACUGCAAUGGUUCCCUUUAUUGGGGUUGUCUAUGAGGGCAAGUGGUACUUGAAGGGGCUUGGGUCUCAUCGGCAGGUUCUAAGUGAGGCCUACCAACCAGAAACUGACACCUGGUACCCUGUUUAUGAUGGAAUGGUCACAGGUUGGAGAAACCCAAGUACUUCCCUUAACGGGCAACUUUAUGCUUUGGAAUGCAAGGAUGGCUGCAAACUUAGGGUUUAUGAUGAAGCAGCUGAUUCCUGGAGCAAGCAUAUUGACAGUAAAAUGCAUUUGGGGAAUUCUAGGGCUUUGGAGGCAGCAGCUCUUCUACCCCUUAACGGGAAACUGUGUAUCAUCAGAAACAAUAUGAGCAUUUCUCUGGUAGACGUUUCGAAAUCUGCAGAUGCAAGGGGAUCUGCAUCUGAACAUUUGUGGGAAACAAUAGCGGGGAAGGGGCAGUUCAAGACUUUGGUCUCAAAUCUCUUGUCCAGCCUUGCCGGCAGGAACCGCCUGAAAAGUCACAUUGUUCACUGCCAGGUUCUUCAAGCUUAAAAGGCAGCUGCAUAUCAAAACUAUAGGUGGCUCUUAGAUUUCUUUAGACCCUCUGUAUCUGAUGGGCUACAACAUGCAUGAAAAGAUAAUGCACAACAAUCUGUUGUUGGUUCAUAUUGAAAGUAGAAAUCACGUUUACCAUGAGGGUGCUAAAUGGAUGGGGAUGUUUGUUCAGCUA